AUGCUCAUCAUAUUAGCCUUCAUUGGAUUUGAAUUUGAGCUGAUUGAAGAGGAGCAUGAAGAGCAUGGUGAAGCAAGCUCAUCAACCUUGUCUUGCCUUACUGGAUUCUUAUUUGGAAAUAUUGAUGACAAGGGGGAAUUGGAAGAAGACUUUUUAGAUGCAGAAUCCAAGAAGCAGCUUGGUUCUUUGAGUCUGCUUAGUCGAAUUGGAUCAUUGGUGAAAGAAAUAACCGAAGAGCAGACGACAGAAGUUAAUUCUGAAAAAGAAGAUGGAUUUGAAAAUUUUAAUGCCAAGGCUGCAAAUGCUGUGGAUUUCUCAGAUAUCAGUGAAGUUGCUGAUGAGGAUGAUGAUAAAAAGAUGAAGGAGGCAAUGUCCAGUUUACAUACUCUUCACACAGAUACUGAAGACUAUGAUGAAGUUCCUAAAGACACAAAAUUGAUGCCACCUCCCUCAUGGGUACCCACAGGAACAGGGGCACCAGGAGAAUUAGACUCUUCUCAGAAUCAAAUUGAUGGAUCUAAAUCUGAUCAGUUGGAAGUACCAGUUGCUCGUGUACCAAAUGGGCUUGAGACAUGUGGAAGUAAUUUGACAACUGCAGAAAGUAAUCAGUCUAAUAAGAUUGCCAGAAUCAAUGACGAGGACAGUGAUUCCAAAAAGAAGCUGAGUACACCACUUGCUUCAAUGCUUCCAAAAGAAUUAGAAUGUGUUGAUGUCACUCAGCUUUUUCCAAAAUUUAGACCUGGAAAGGUUUUACGAUUUUCCCGAUUGUUUCGCCCAGUGCACAUGCCUCAUGUAUGGAAACGAAAACGGCGAAAGAAGACGCCUGAAGAAGAAAAAGAGGGAAGCGGUAAAAAAUUAAGAUUGGGAGAUGAAACCGAAUCAGGGAUGGAUGGAGAAGCAGGAAAAGAUGUGGACAUUGACAGUGAGGAAGAUGGCAUCAAACUGAACUUGGGAAAACUACCAUCAUCUGAUGAUUGUUUAACAGAUGAAGAGGAAAUUUUGUUACGUCCAAUAGAGAAUCGUUUGUCAACUAGUAAGCAAGACAAAAAUGCUGACACAGAGCAAAAAUUUGAAGUCCCUCCUUGGCGCUUUGGUCCAGCCCAAUAUUGGUAUGAUCUGAUGGGAAUUGAUGAAACUGGAGAAAAUUUUUCUUAUGGUUUCAAAUUAAAAGACUCAAUAUCUGAAGAUAUUGAGGACAUUAGAAAUGAAAGUGAAAAUGGUAUGAAUUUUCCUGAUGAAAUAUUUGAGAUGGUUACCCAGGUACAUUGGGAAGAUGAAGUAAUUUGGAAUGGAGAAGAAGCUCGUGUCAAAGUAUUGCAAUCUCAUAAACUUCGAGCACCAGCAGCUGGGUGGAUCCCAAGCACAAGCUUCCGUAGUGCUGGACAAUUUCUACAACAAAAUCGUUUAGGAAAUAAGUCAUUCAUUGUACCUGCUCGGAAUUCAACAAACCCUGGACUAAAUUCUAAAGUAGGUCUUCAGUUUCAUUCAGAAAAUGGGGAGUCAAAAGAAUCAACUUGGAGCUCUAUUUUUCCUGUUGAGAACGAAGCCCUAGUUUAUGAGAACUGGGAAGACAAUAUCAUCUGGGACCCUGAGAGUAUGGAAAAUAUAUCAACACCCCCAAUAUUUACUAUUGAUCCAAAUGAUGAAAACAUAAUUCUUGAGAUCCCAGCAGAUAUUGAUCCCAAUGAACAGACAGAACCUGCCAAAAAGGAAAAGGAAAUUAAAAAGUCCAAGAUUUUGCUUGGUAAAGCAGGAAUCAUCAAAGAAGAGGAGGAAGAAAAAGAGAUCACUCCCAAUGUACAACGGAAAGAUCCAUUUAAUUUGUCUAAUGAUGAGUACUACAACCCUAAGCUCACCAUGGACAAUGCUCUACGGACAAAUAUGGGUGGAAGUCUUAUUCAACAUUCUACUCCAGCUUUAGAAUUAAGACAGCCUUUAUUCCCAACACACAUGGGGCCAACAAAAUUACGCUGUUUCCACAGACCUCAAUUAAAACGUUAUUCGUAUGGAGCAUUAGCUUCAACUGGUCCACAUCCCGUAUUGCCUUUACUGAAACAAAUCAAACGUAAAGCCAAGAUGAGAGAGGUUGAACGACAAGCCUAUGGUGGAGGUGAAAUAUUCUUUAUGCGAACCAUGUCAGAUCUCAGUGGAAUGGAUGGUGAUAUUAUUAUAGUUGAAUAUUCAGAAGAGUUUCCUCCUCUUAUGAUGCAAGUUGGAAUGGCUACCAAAAUCAAAAAUUAUUAUAAAAGAAAGCCUGGUAAAGAUUCCAAUCCUCCCCAAUUCCAAUAUGGAGAACUGGCAUAUGCCCACACAUCUCCAUUUCUUGGUAGUUUGGCACCUGGUCAGUGUUUACAGGCCUUUGAGAAUAAUCUAUUUAGGGCACCCAUCUAUGAACAUCGAAUGCCUGAAACUGACUUCCUCAUUAUAAGAACCAGACAAAAUUAUUACGUUCGUGAGCUUAAUACUAUUUACAUUAUUGGUCAAGAAUGUGCCCUUUAUGAAGUGCCAGGUCCAAAUUCAAAAAGAGCAAAUAAUUUUAUUCGUGAUUUCCUCCAGGUGUUCAUUUAUCGUUUAUUCUGGAAGAGUAAAGAUAAUCCCAGACGAAUAAAAAUGGAUGAUAUUAAAAAAGCCUUUCCUUCUCAUUCAGAAAGCAGCAUACGGAAAAGGUUAAAGUUGUGUGCUGAUUUUAAAAGAACUGGGAUGGACUCAAACUGGUGGGUAUUGAAACCUGAUUUCCGUUUGCCAACAGAAGAAGAGAUGCGUGCUAUGGUGUCUCCGGAACAAUGCUGUGGUUAUUACAGUAUGUUAGCUGCUGAACAGAGACUCAAAGAUGCUGGAUAUGGUGAAAAGUCAUUAUUUGCACCAGAAGAUGACAAUGAAGAAGAAACGCAAAUGAAAAUUGACGACGAAGUUCGCACUGCUCCAUGGAAUACAACCAGGGCCUUUAUAUCUGCAAUGAAGGGUAAAUGUUUACUCGAUCUGACGGGUGUGGCUGACCCAACUGGCUGUGGUGAAGGCUUCUCAUACGUGAAAGUCCCUAACAAACCUCAGCCUAAAGAAGAAGGUAACAGUCAGACACCUGUCAAACGCACAGUGACAGGUACAGAUGCUGAUUUACGAAGACUUAAUCUAAAGGAUGCCAAGCAAUUACUAAGGAAAUUUGGUGUUCAGGAGUCAGAGAUUAAAAAAUUAUCUCGAUGGGAAGUUAUUGAUGUUGUACGAACUAUGUCAACGGCUCAAGCUAAAACUGGUCAAGAUGGUACAGGUUGGAGCAAAUUUGCUCGAGGUAAUCGAUUUUCCGUAGCUGAACAUCAAGAGCGUUACAAAGAAGAGUGUCAACGGAUAUUUGAUCUCCAAAAUAAAGUUCUUACAUCGACUGAAGUGUUAUCAACAGAUGAGAAUUCAAGUUCCGGAGAAGAUUCUGAUUUUGAAGAAAUGGGUAAAAAUAUUGAGAAUAUGUUAGCAAAUAAAAAGACCAGUUCUCAGAUAAGUCUUGAACGAGAAGAGCAAAUGCGAAAAGAGCUUCAAAAAAUGUUGAUGGAAGAAACGAAUAAAGAAAAUGAAAAUGAGAAAAAGAAAAAAGCUGCCCAAGCAGCAAAUGCUCAAUCCAAUUCAUCUGCAGCUGGAUCCAAAGACGAUGAUGCAUCAUCAUUUUCUUCUUUGGGUGGCCAGAAACUGAAAAUUACACGUACAUUCCGAGAUGAGUCUGGAAGAGAAUUUACUCGAUCAGAGAUUGUACGGAAACCAGCUGUGAUUGACACUUAUGUUCGGAUCAGACAAACCAAAGAUCCUGCCUUCAUCAAACAAUUUGCCACUUUAGAUGAGCAAGUCAAAGAAGAAAUGAAAAAAGAAAGGAGAAGGAUUCAAGAACAACUUCGAAGAAUUAAACGGAACCAAGAAAAAGAAAAAGUUGCUCCUAUCAAAAAGAAAAAGAAGAAAGAAACACCAAUGUUAAAACUGAAAUGUGGUGCUUGUGGUCAAAUUGGUCAUAUGCGAACGAAUAAAGAAUGUCCUUUGUACCAGAAGGUUGGUCCUUCAGCUCCGGUUCAAGUUGCAAUGACAGAAGAACAAGAAGAGGAGGAAGAGAAGAAUUUACUUUCUGACCAUGACCUCAUUAAUGUUGAAGGAACUAAGAUUGUCAUUUCAAAGAAUCUUGUUGAACAUGCUGAUCAAAUGCGACGCAAAUCUUUAUUGCUCAAAUUUCCCAAACAAGCUGUGGAGGCUAAGAAGAAACGUCGCACAGGAACAGUUGUACAUUGUGACUAUCUAAAGAAACCGAAGCAGUCAUCAAAUCGUAGACGAACUGAUCCAUUGGUUACACUUUCCUCAAUUUUUGAAUUGAUCGUGAAUGAAAUGCGAGAUCUCCCUAAUACUCAACCAUUCCUGUUUCCAGUCAAUCCCAAAAUAGUCACAGAUUAUUAUGAUAUUGUAAAGAAUCCCAUGGAUCUGCAAACUCUCAGAGAAAAUGUAUGGAAGAAGAAAUACACAUCAAGAGAAGAAUUUCUGACUGAUGUAAAUCAAAUGUCCAUCAACAGUAAAAUGUACAAUGGUGAAAAGCAUUUGAUUACACUUACUGCAAAAGCUAUGCUCGAUUUGUGUUUAAACAAAUUUGCUGAGAAAGAAGAGAAAUUGAUGCGUUUGGAGAAAGCGAUUAAUCCUUUAUUGGAUGAUGAUGAUCAAGUUGCUUUUUCUUUCAUUUUGGAGAAUAUUAUUCAUCAGAAAUUGAAAGUUGUUGAAAAUUCUUGGCCAUUCCAUCAACCUGUAAACAAAAAAUCAGUUAAAGAUUAUUAUGAAGUCAUCAAAAAACCCAUGGACUUCAGCACUCUUUUGAAGAAUGUACAAUUGCAUAAAUAUCAUCAUCGAGAGCAAUUCAUUGAAGAUGUUGAAUUGAUCUUGACCAACAGCAUCAAAUAUAAUGGACCCGACAGCAGCUAUACUAAUAUUGCUGCAAAAAUUGUUGAGGUAGCAAAAGAAAAUUUAGCUGAGCAUGACGAGCAUCUCAGUCAGUUAGAGCGAGAUAUUCAAGCAGCUCGAGAGGCUGCUCUUGAUGCUGUAGAAACUGAUAGUAUCAUGACCGGAACUUCUUUCAAUAUGGAUGAUAACAGUGUCUUAGGAAUGGAUAAUGAAAGUUUGGACAGCAACAGUCUUCGAGAAGGUGUGAUGGCAAAUGACGAUUGGCCUGAUGGAGAACCACAUUCGUCAGGUGUAGACCAUCUAAGUGAAAUACAACGGCCGUCAACGUCUAUGUUCAAAGAUGCCAAAAUGGUGCAUGAAGAGUCAGAUUCUGAGUUUGUAGAUGUAGAGGACGAUGCAGAGAGUGCAAACGAAGAUGACCAUGAAUACUAUAUGUCUCCACAGCAUGGGGGACAGGCUGAACAUUUAUCGUCAUCUGAUAACAACAAUGAUUUGGCACAAGAUUUGCAAAUUACGCCUGAGAAUUCUGACAACGAAAAUGAUGAAUAUGACGAUGACGAUGAUGACGAUGAUGAUGAUGAUGAUGAAAAACAUUAUAAAUUGGAUGACAGUGGAAAUGGAGUUCUGGCUGGGACUCUGUCUGAAUACAUGGAAGAUGAUGACUGUGCCCAGCAGUAUGGCGGUGGGGAUCAAAGCCAGUUCUAUCAGGGUGAAAAUGCCAACCUAUAUAAUAUGUCUGGAGUUGGAGAUGAUGAUGAUGAUGAGCAGAGUUUUGAUCCAUCAGCCUUCUUCUUGAGCAGUUCAUUAGCUCAACAGAUCACCAAUCAGCAGCAGCAACACCACCACCACCACCAGCCGCCUGGCUCUGAGACGGACAUUAACAAAGACUUACAAGUGUCUGAAUCGGACAGUGAUGAAAAUUUUGAGCCAAUCACAAAUGAUCAAUCAGAUCAAAACAAUGAGGGAUUUGAUAUUGAUGAAUUCCUACACUGA